CAGGAUCUCGCUCUUACUUCUCGCGAGUUCUCAAUUCGGUUGACAGCCUAGCUCCGCAAGAGCUGCACGUAUACUGUGGAGUAGUUCAGGCCAACAUACAGUAUACAGCUACAACAGCGGAAAGAAUCGUACCCACUUCAGUCUGUUAGCGAGAAUGAUGAUGAGUCGGUUGCAGUUCCGUUUUCCAGUAUUCUCUAUAUUUCUCUUCGGAUUGGUGUCAGUCAGAGAAACGGCACGCCAUACCUACGCAUGUUGUUUGAUGAGAUGGACGUGCAGGUUGAGAGACCUUACAAUGUCGGUAUGCAAGCAGUACAACACCUGCGGAUCUCGCUCUUACUUCUCGCGAGUUCUCAACUCGGUUGACAGCCUAGCUCCGCAAGAGCUGCAUGUAUACUGUGGAGUAGUUCAGGCCAACAUACAGUAUACAGCUACAACAGCGGAAAGAAUCGUACCCACUUCAGUCUGUUAGCGAGAAUGAUGAUGAGUCGGUUGCAGUUCCGUUUUCCAGUAUUCUCUAUAUUUCUCCUCGGAUUAGUGUCAGUCAGAGGACAAUUAUUAGAUUGUGCUCAAAAUCCGUGUCUCAAUGGUGGUAUAUGUGAUCCCGCUGGAUGCUUGUGUGUUGCGGGGUAUGAGGGAGACUUAUGUGAAAUAGAUACAGACGACUGUGCAAACAAUCCGUGUCAAUAUGGUGGUACAUGUAUCGAUGGUCUGAAUGCGUUUACUUGCAAUUGCUUUCCCAGCUUUUUUGGAACCAAUUGUACGGAGUCUGAUUGCUGUUACCUUGACCCGUGCAAGAAUGGUGGUACAUGUGUUGACGGUUUGGACAAUCACACUUGCAUCUGCAUGCCUGGCUACGAGGGAGACAACUGUGAGAUAGAGACAGACGAAUGUCAAACAAAUCCAUGUCAGAAUGGCGGAAUCUGUAUUGACCAUCUAAACUCAUUUACCUGUGAUUGUGGUCUGCGUGGUUUUCUUGGUGGUGAUCCUACGGUGUGCAGACCGUCUGAUCACUGUGAUCCUAAUCCUUGUCUUCAUGGUGGUACUUGUCACGAUCAAAUUGAUCGAUUUGUUUGUGAAUGUACGGCUGACUACACAGGAACAACAUGUAACGAAUUGGCUUAUCCACUUUACAGCUUUGGCGCAGCUCAGUUUGAUGUUUCUUUGGCAGCAGCAGACGACCUCGCAGUUGGUCCCGUGCCGAUUAAUUUAGAUUGUUUUCCAUACGGUGCAAACAGUCAUUCUUCGUUUUAUGUGUCUAUCAAUGGCCUCAUAUCAUUUGAUCAUCGUUUUCGAAGUUUUUUUCCAACUUUCUUUCCUGGAUUUCAGCAUGUAUCUGUCGUUGCUCCAUUUUGGGGUGAUGCGGAUACUCGUGAUUUUGGUCAAGUGUUUUAUCAGGUGUAUGAUGACGCUGAUUCUUCUUACUUGCAUCUGGCCACAUAUGACGUGCGCAAUGCCACCAGAGGGGACUAUCCCGACUUUACUGCUACAUGGGUUUUAGUGGUGACAUGGCAUGAAGUCGAAAAGUAUCAUGGUGCUGCGAAUAAUUUGCGUAACACUUUUCAGGUUGUUGUUAUUACAGACGGUAAAGCAACGUUUGCACUUUUUAACUAUUGGGAAAAUGGCUUGGAGUGGUCUGGUCAUCCUCCUGCUGCAGUGGGUUUUACAACCAAUGAUGCACGUUUUUUCAAAAAUAAUUUUUUGUCAAAGACUCAACAAGUUGUUAACUUGGCUGGACAGCGUUUGUUCUACAAGCUGACUGAUCCUUCUAAUCCAUGUGCUGCUAAAUGUCGUUGCUUAUCUUGGUAUUAUGCGGAUGUCAAACUUUAUGGCUGCGCUGCUCCUUUCUGGACAACUUUUUUACCUCCUUGCCCUUGUACUCUCUUUCAAGUAUUCAAUGAUUUUCGGUAUGUGUUUCAUGAAUGGCGAGAUGGACUUAUCUGCUUUGUUUCAAGAUUUGCCAGAGCUUUUGGAGUACAGACUGAAUGCUGUUAUGAGUGGUCAUUGUCUUUCAGAGGGGCGUUGGUGUUUGGACCAGUGCUGGGAGGAUCUGCUAAUCGUUUCCAUUCAGUUUUUGCUCGAGACCUUCAUGAUGAAUUUGACGUUAAGCCAUAUGAUGACUGCUGUAUCCACACCAACUUGUGUCAUCUGUAUUAUGAGAGGAGACCAUCAGUUAGUUGGUUGGGUUAUGUUCCACCUUUCUGGGGUUGGACGUUUGGUGAUCCACAUUUUCAGACAUUAGAUGGGAAACAGUACACUUUUAAUGGACUUGGAGAGUAUAUUGUGGUGAAAACUGGUGGAUACAAGUUUGUACUACAAGGUCGCACUGCUCUUGUUGACGACUCAACUGCAACUGUGUUUUCGGCAUUUGUGGCUGCUCAGUUGACAGAAUCUGGUAAUGUCUCUGAAGCUGAACUAGCAAGUACAGUCUUGCAUGCGGAGCUGACAUCUUACAAUGAACUGAUGGUAUUGGUGUGCUGUUAUCAAGACACUGAUAAUGUCACAGCUUUACCAAUUAAUGCCAAGUUUAAUAAUGCUUAUUGGCGAAAUAUAACUGAUAAGUUUGCUUCUCUGGAUGAUACAACUCAGAUUGUGCUGGACUCUGCAUCAGUGACACGUCCAAGCAACAAAUCCUUAGUUGUUAGCUUCUCUUCAGGUGUUUCAGUGAAAAUUGAGAUAAAGACACGGUUGUUAGUAGCAGUAUGGGCAGUUCCCGAGACUUUCAAAGGAGAUACAAGUGGCUUGCUGGGAGUGUGGGAUGAUGACAUAAACAAUGAUUUUACUUCUCGAAAUGGCAAUGUGAUUUCUAUUGACUCAACAGAUCGUGACAUACACACACUUUUUGCUCAGACAUGGCAAGUGACGCCAUCAGAGUCAUUGUUUUAUUAUGGUGCUGGAGAAGGCCCUGAAUCAUUUUCUGAUGAAAGUCAUACACCUACGUUUCCAGAUGAAAAUGGAGACAGAUACACAGAUGAUGAGAUAGCAACAUGUGGAGAUGAUGUUUCUUGUCUGUAUGAUGCUCAUGAGACAAAAGACCUACAAAUUGGAGAAGAAUCACUUGCCACUAAGACACAACUUUUAUCAUCUUUAUCAAAACUUGGUCAAAGCCCACCAUCAAUGUCUGGUGCUGAUGUCAUUUCAGCAACUCUUGGCCAGCAAGUUGUGUACAAAUUUACAGUGACAGACAACGAUACCUUCACUGUUUCAUUAGAAGGGAUUCCUCCUCCAGUAGAAGAUUAUUCAUUGGAGCAAUCCGGGAAUAAUUUUACGUUCACAUGGGUACCAAAAUCACACGCAACUGUUAGCCUUCGAUUUGUUGCUUUUGAUGAGGUGGAUCUGGCUAGCCAACUGCACCCUUUAGUUCGAUUGUGCGCAUGUAGCAUAAACAAAAAUGCGACUUGCGUAAAGGCAAAUGAUGACGGGUCUGAAAAGAGAUUCAUUCUUGAGGACUGUGAAUGUGGAACAGGGUGGGGAGGACGGUUAUGUUGCAUAGACGUGGAUGGAUGUUUAUCAUCAACUUGCCAAAGUCGUUCUUCUUGCACAGACCGAUCAGCACCUGACACUGGAUUUGACUGUGCACAGUGUAAUGAUGGCUAUGAGCUUCAGGGAAAUAAGUGUGCAGAUAUUGACGAGUGUGCAGAUGGUAAUUUGAACAAUUGCGAGCAGAACUGUGUUAACAAGGCACCUGGUUUUUCAUGUCAAUGUCAAACAGGCUACCAGUUAGCUGCAAACGGGCUUGAUUGUCUCAAUGUUAAUGAAUGUGCAGACAUUCGUUUGUGCCAUCAUACUUGUCAAGAUACUGAUGGCUCGUUUACUUGUGGCUGCAAUGCUGGAUUCAGUUUAGCAAUAGACGCUCGAACUUGUUUACCUGGUACCGAAUGUCCAUCUCAUGCAUGUGAACAACAAUGCUCUGUUACAGCUGGAGGCGUUAUGGUGUGCAGUUGUUUUAUUGGAUACCGGUUGGAUGGAAACAAUGCUAAUUGCAGCAAUAUUGACGAGUGUGCCGAAGAUGCUGACAAUUGUGAGCACAACUGCACAGAUACUGAUGGAUCGUAUGAGUGCCACUGUCCUCCUGGCUAUUAUCUGUUGGGUGAUGCUUCAUCUUGUGGAGAUAUAAAUGAAUGUGUGGAGGAUGCAUCACUGUGCGCAAGCGUCGUUGGCCAGAUUUGUGAAAACACGGUAGGAUCUUUCAACUGUUUGUGUCCUCCCCAGACUGAAGAGGUGGACGGCGCAUGCAUCUUGGCUGACGAUUGUGCAUCUAUGCCUUGCCAAAAUGGUGGAGAAUGCUUUGAUGGAUUGGAUGCAUUCUCUUGCCGUUGUACGUGUGGAUAUACAGGGACUCUGUGUGAUAUAGAGAUCAACGAGUGCAACUCAAAUCCAUGUCAGAAUGGAGGAUCGUGUACUGAUAAGUUUGACGCGUUUGAGUGCUCUUGUGUGCCUGGUUUCGAAGGCACGACUUGCAACAUAAACAUAGUCGAUUGUGAAUCACAGCCUUGUCAUAAUGGCGGAACUUGUACUGAUAAAGUCAAUGCGUUUGAGUGUACUUGUGUAGCAGGUUAUUCAGGUUCAAUUUGUGAUAUAGACAUAAAUGAAUGCGAAUCACAGCCUUGUGAAAAUGGAGGAUUUUGUACUGAUCAAGUCAAUGCGUUUGAGUGUACUUGUAUAGCAGGUUAUUCAGGUUCAAUUUGUGAUAUAGACAUAAAUGAAUGCGAAUCAAAGCCUUGUCAAAAUGGAUCUUGUCGUGAUAUAAUCAAUGGGUUUGUGUGCGAUUGUGUACCCGGAUUUGAAGGCACAACUUGCGACAUAGACAGAGACGAAUGUUCAUCAGAGCCAUGUUUGAAUAUGGCUACUUGUAUUGACGGUAUUAAUGGCUUUGUGUGUCAUUGUAUGGAAGACUACACAGGAGUGCUAUGUGAAACUGCUGCUGAUCAUUGUACUCUUGUGGGCAGUGAGUGUUUCAACGGAGGAACAUGUGAUAGGGUUACAGGUAGAUGUGUCUGUCUUGACGGUUUUGUGGGAGAUCGUUGUGAAACGGAUUUGGACGAAUGUGUCUCUCGUCCUUGUCUAAAUGAAGGAUCAUGUAGGCAAACACUACCUAACGGAUUUGAGUGCCACUGCACGGCUUAUUACAUUGGAGAUUUGUGUGAAAAGACUUCUGUAUUGUACAGCUAUGGUAAUCCACAAGAUGAUGUUCGUCUUGGAAGAGGAGAUGAUGCGGUGUUUGGUCCAUUCUUUAUCGAUUUCUGCUUUCCUGUUGGUCUGCUAAGACACCAUCAGUUUUAUAUAUCUACUAAUGGGAUAGUUUCGUUUGAUGAACCAAACGUUGCUCCCAAUGGCUUCUUUUUCCCUAGUUUUUCUCCUAUCUCUAUUGUAGCGCCAUUUUGGGCUGAUGUUGACAUUCGCAGUGUGGGUGAUCUGUUCUAUCAAGUUUAUACCGACCAAGGGUCUUCUCACGUAAGUAGAGCAACAGAGGAAGUGCGCUUAUAUAGUGGCGUUUUUAAUUUCAUUGCUACUUGGGUGUUGGUGGUGACAUGGGAUCGAGUUCCUCCAUUCCCGGGUGUUGGCGACUUAGAAACGUUGAAGCGCAACACAUUUCAAGUUGUCAUCACCUCUGAUGGGGCGAAUACUUAUGCUUUCAUGAACUAUUUAGAAAACGGUCUCGAGUGGGCAGGCAAUGCUGCUGUUGGAUUCACAAGUGGGGACAGGUCAACCUUUGCUAAUAAUCAGUUCUCACUUAAAAGUGCGGUUGUUAACCUCGCCGGAAAGAAAUGGUACCAACAGCUCAGUCAUGUGAAUAAUCGUUGUGGAGCAGAAUCUCGAUGCCAUAAUUGGUAUCAACAAGAUAUAAGCUUACAGGGAUCUGAACCUUUAUGGGUUGCUGGGUUGCUGUCAUGUCCUUGGACACUGUUUGCAGCAUGGAAUGACUUUCGGUUUCAAUUUUUUGAAGUUAAAGGCUUUACUUUCUGCUUCGUUUCAGUCUUUCCAUUUGGAUCUCAGUCAGAGUGCUGUUAUCCCUUCUUCUUUCAGUUUGGUGGUUUAGUUUUAGGACCAGUAGACGGUGGCUCUGCCAAUCUUUAUCAUCCAUUCUUCAAUCCUGAUCAGCACAAGCAACUGGACCUCUUACCUUAUCAAGAUUGUUGUGUCGAUUCUCAAUUGUGUCAGUUGUAUUACCAACGAAGACCAUCGAUAACUUCUUUAUUUUAUUUUCCUCCUAUCUGGGGUUGGUUGUUUGGGGAUCCGCAUAUUCGUACAAUGGAUGGGAAGGAGUACACGUUCAAUGGUCUAGGAGAGUAUAUUUUAGCAAAAACAGCUAGGGACACAUUUGUUUUGCAAGGUCGAACAGCCUUGGUAGAAAAUUCUACGGCGACAAUCUUUUCUGCUUUUACAACUGCCGAGUUUAGUGAAUCUGAUGACUUUGCUCAAGCUGAAUUGACAUCAAGUGUUGUACACAUAGAGCGGACGUCUAAUGGUCUUGGUGUGUUUGUUUGUUGUUAUGACAUUAGCGAUCCUCUUACUGACAGUAAAUCCAUGUUUAAUCGCAAUCAAUAUAGAGAGGUCACCAACGAAUUUUCUAAGCUCAGCAACACAAGUCAAAUAUUCUUGGAGAACGCAGUGUUGAAGCAUCCUGAAGAAAACGUAGCUGUCGCUGUCUUUUUCUCUGGAAUAUCGGUAAGAGUAGAAGUGAAGAAAAGAUUGUUGGACGUUGUAUGGGCUGCUCCAGAGAGAUUUAAAGGCAAUACAAACGGUUUGUUAGGAGUGUGGGAUGACGACAUGGACAACGACUUUAAUGCUAGAGACGGUUCUUCUAUUCCCAUCGAUUCAAGUGAUCGUCAAAUACAUCGAUUGUCACAAACAUGGGAGGUUACAGAGUCGGAGUCUCUCUUCUAUUACCAUCCAGGUGUUGAUGCAUCAGCAUUCUCAUUUCCGGAUCACGAGCCAAGUUUUGCUGAUGAGGUUGUGGACAGAUACACAGACGAGCAGCGAAGAGUGUGUAACAAUGAUGCCUCUUGCUUAUUUGACACAUUUGAAACAAAAGAUGUUGAGAUUGGCACACAAACUCGCGAAUUCUCUACUACUACUGCAGAAUCUUCAAAAACAAUAGCGGAGGUUCCACCAAUAAUGAAUGGCAGCAAUGUUAUUUUUGCUACUGUGAACGAAGAAGUGGUGUACAACUUUACUGUAACGGAUCACAAUAACUUCACUGUCUCUCUAGAAGGCAUUCUUCCUCCUCAAGCAGACUUUACUCUAACUCGUGAUGAUGACCUUUUCCUUUUUACGUGGACACCAACUACAAACGCGAUUGUUAGUCUAAGCUUUGUUGCCAACGACUCUACGGGCCUCAGCAAUCAACUGCAUCCUCUUGUUCGUUUGUGUGCGUGUAGCUUGGACAAGGGAGCUACUUGUGAUCCUUCAGAUAGUGACGGUGGUGAGAAUAGGUUUCUCCUUGAAGACUGUACAUGUGGAUCGGGAUGGCGUGGACAGUUCUGUAAUAUUGACAUUAAUGGAUGUUUGUCAUCGAACUGUCCAGAGGGCACUAAUUGCACUGACAAGCGAGCACCUGAGACUGGAUUUGAGUGCGGACCUUGUCCAGAUGGCUAUGAAGUAAGCGGAGAUAAGUGUCAAGAUAUUAAUGAAUGCAACAGCACCACGUUGAAUACUUGCGAACAGCUAUGCAUCAACGCUGUUCCCGGUUUCUCUUGUUCCUGUGAAUCGGGCUUCCUAUUGGAUGCCAACCGCUUGAACUGCACAAAUAUUAAUGAAUGUGAAGGAAGUCAUCCAUGUCAUCAAGUGUGUGAGGACACUGAAGGGUCAUUUUUCUGUAGCUGCAAUAGCGGGUUUCGUUUGCUAGAGGAUGAUAUCAACUGCCUACCUGAGACCGAGUGUACAGAGAAAAAGUCGUGUGAAGAUUUUUGUUCAAGACAAGAUGAUGUAGAGACUUGUGGUUGUUUCAGAGGAUAUGACUUGGAUGCGAACGGUGUCAAUUGCUCCAAUGUUGAUGAGUGUUCUACCAAUACGGAUAAUUGUGAACAGAAUUGUGCUGACGUUGAUGGAUCGUUUAACUGCAGUUGUGAUGAUGGAUACCGUCUAAAGAAUGGAUUCGCGUGUGAAAAUGUUGAUGAAUGCUCAGAAAAUGCAACAUUAUGCAGUGCCAUUGAAGGUCAAAUCUGUGAUGACCUUGUGGGAUCGUUUAAUUGCUCUUGUCCACCGGGAACAGAGGUGCUAGAUGGUGUCUGUGUAGUGAAAGAUAACUGUGCUUCUUCGCCAUGUCAGAAUGAUGGAGAGUGCGUAGACGGUCCAGGACUAUUUACGUGUAGUUGUGUAUCUGGAUACACUGGCUUCCUGUGUGAUUUGGAGCUAAACGAGUGUGAGUCAGAUCCAUGUCAAAAUGAUGCUCCUUGCUUUGAUCUCUUUGAUGACUUUCGGUGCACUUGUCUUGCUGGGUUUACUGGCAAAUCGUGCGAGAUCAAUAUUGAUGAUUGUGCAUCUUUUCCAUGUCAGAACAACGCCACUUGCAGGGACGAAAUUGAUGAGUACACUUGCGUCUGUGUGCCAGGUUACACUGGAGAACUUUGUGAAAUUGAGAUUGAUGAAUGCACGUCUUUUCCGUGCCAAAACGGAGGGACUUGCUCAAAUUUACUGAACGAAUAUCGAUGUGACUGUUUGGAGGGAAUAGUAGGAGACAACUGUGAAACAAAUAUUAUCGAAUGUGAUAGCAAACCUUGUCUUAAUAACGCAUUUUGCGAAGAUCUAAUAAAUGAGUAUCGCUGUCUUUGUCCUACUGGAUUUUCUGGCGUGUCUUGUGAGAUUGAACCUAAUGUGACCACUCCUUGUGUUGAUAGAGAUGAAUGUUCUUCUUUCUCUCAAUGUGUUGAGGAAGCGUUCCCAUGCUCUAACUCAUAUAUCACUCAAUUUCUACAACCCUUUUGUAAUCUCAGCUCAUUUAACGAAUUGGCUGACUGGACAUCUGAUGCCAGUGAUUGUCUUAUUGACAAAGUCAAAGAGUUUCUUACUAACAACUACACCGCCUUUCCUUCUUCUUCUGAUUGCUUGAAUUUGCAAACGUUUAUGUUUGGAGCUCAGGCUGAGUGUAUAAACAAAUCAUUGUGUACUACAUCAAUGGGUGUGAACGCUGCUCAAGCAGUGGCAGACGUGUGGAAUAAUACUGCUUACCUUCGUGAUAGGAGUUUGGAGCAGCUGCUAGAUAUAGCCCGUUCUUGUUCUGGAGAUCAACUAGACAAUCUCAUAUCAAGUCUUCAGGACACUGGAUAUAUUUACUGCGUUCAGUUGGUGUUGGAAGACGGAGGAUCUGAAGUUACAGCUAUUGCAGACUUCAAGCUUCGUUUGCUUCAGCAGAUCUCUGCUUUAUCUGGAGACAGUAAUUUGACCAGGAUAGAUUCAGCACGAUGUCCACAGAUUCCCUCUAGCAAUCGUAAACGUCGAAACGUAGAUGAAGAACAAUCUUUGCUUUCUUUGACUCGAAGUCGUCGAAAUGCCCACAGCAAUAGCUCUGUAACUGUAGCUUUUCUUAACACUGGUGCAGGUGCCAUUAGCAAGUCUUCUGUUUGCGAAAACACGUCCAGUGUUGGAGAUGGAAACCUUCUUUGUCCAGUGUGUGGUGACGGAAUUUUUGAUGCUGCUACCGAGGCUUGCGAUGAUGGCAACAUGAAUGAUGGAGAUGGGUGUUCCAGAAAUUGUACGAUUGAACCUGAUUUUGACUGCAAUACUAACACUGCACCAUCAGUAUGCUACAGUCAUGUGUGUGGAGAUAGUAUUCGAGUCAGUGGAGAGGAGUGUGAUAACGGGGAUGGUGCCGGAUGUUCAAGUGUCACUUGCUUGGUUUUUGCAGGUUUUGAGUGCGUAGCACCAUUUUUUGAAGCCAGUAACUGUUUCAGUUGCGGCAAUGGAAGAGUGGAAGAGCUAGAGGAUUGUGACAAUGGCCCAAGCUUGCAUAUUGAUGGUUGCAGCAAUGAUUGCAAAGUCAAUCCUCUUUGGAGGUGCACUAGAGUGGUGGGAGAGGCUAGCGUUUGUGUACAUGUGGCCGUCGAUUUUAAUUCAGCAGAUGAUACGACACUCGAUCCUCCACCCAUCAUAUUUGAAACGGUCCCCAUAACGUUUUUCAUAGUAGAAAAUCCAGCUUUACUAGAUGCAAGUCUGUUUGGGGACGAGGACUGGACUAGUAUUUACACCAGACUUAAUUUCCCCAUGGGCACUGGCUUUCUUCAAGAAUCAAUUAUUGACAGCAGGUCACUGGCAACUAGUGAGGAAAGAAUAUCACUAAGUCAAUUUAGUGCACUCAACAGUGCAUUUUCGCGUACCGGUGGAAAUGGCGAUGCUUCUUCUGGAUUCAUUGAGGCUACAUUUACUCGAAAUCCAGAAAUCCCUGCUAAUCUUACUGUUGUGCUGUUGACUCUUGCAUACGAUCACUUUGGGUCGACAGUGUCGGAGGGUGUUCGGAGUGUUGAAGUGAUUGUUAGAGAUGCUUUCGGUGCUGAUGCCCCGACAGUAACUGUGCCUUUACGUUCCGUUGGUCCAAACGAUGAUCGUCCAGUAGUGACAAUUGGAGCCUCUGAGGUUAACCUUGUGGAAGGCACUGAUCAGGAAGUCAAAGUGACAAGAGGGACUUUGCAAAUUCAAGAUGCAGACGACGACUUCCACAAGAUUCUGUCGGCUACCGUUGAAAUAGUGGACACUGGCGGCCAUGGAUUCUUUAGAGAAGAUCUCAACAUCACUACCACAUCAUCGACUAUUACAAUCAAAUAUAAUGAUGUCACAAAAGUUUUAACAUUUACUGGUCCUUCGACUGAGAGGGAAUAUCAGGAUUUGUUGAAUGAUGUGCUGUAUAGAAACGGUGAAGAAGAUAUCGGCUCUUUGCCAGUUACUUCACGUAUCGUUCGCUUUUCUGUAUUUGAUCUUCACGAUGGUGGUCAGCCAGGCACAGCAGAUGCAACAAUCCAACUUGUCAACGUGAACGACGCUCCUAUCUUGUCAUUACAUACUGGCUCAUCCAUAACAUACAAUGAAAGCGUCGGUCCUGUACAGUUUCCUCAGACCAUCGACUUGGUGGAUAGCGAUAACGCUAAUAUGGCCGGAGCGACAUUAUCUAUACAAAAUGCUCAGACUGGUGAUCGCCUGACCGUGUUUACAGUCAGCGGUGUCACCUCAUCAGAGACUGUCAGCGGUGGGCAGAUACUAAUUUUGGAAUUGACCGGCGUUGCCAGUAAAGAUGACUAUAGAAACAUGCUGCGGUCAACGACUUUUGAAACGGCUCUUGGACGACCUAACAAUGUAGUGGUGGACACGAGGACUGUGACUGCCAUUGUAAAUGACGGAGAGCUCGACAGUGAUAGUAUUACGCUUAGUGUCACUAUUAUACCGAUAAACGAUUUGCCUAUUCUUCAAUUCAAUCCUAAUGCUAAUCCUGAGGCUAUACCUCCUGAUGAGAAUCGACUUGUUCGCUUGUCGUUUCGAGAAGAAGAUGGACCUUUGGUGUUAUUACCGACAUUCACAACAUUACGUGAUGUGGACAACGUGAAUGCUGGCAGAGCUGAGGUGAAGUUGCGCGACAUACUGGAUGGAGAAUAUGAAGGACUGAGUAUCGACGAAUCGUUAGCCGCUUCGUUUGGUAUCAACGUCAACAUAGCGAGACUGGAUGAUACAGUGACUAUAAGUCUCAAUGGAGAUGCGACUAUGGAAGAAUACAAACAAGUACUUGACACUGUGCGUUAUUACAACAACGAUACUUCAGAGCCUAAUGUUGGACAACGUACUGUCAUAUUUACAGUCAGCGAUGAAAGUGGAGCAGAAAGUCUUCCUGCGACUGUCAUCGUUACCGUGAGAACGAUAAACGACCGAGUGGAAUUGGAUCUUGGAGUCGGAUUUGGAAUGGACGAUAUGAUCACGUUUACUGAAAUUCCUCAAGGAGAGAAUGGAGUAGGAAUCCACAUAGUCAGCCAGCCACAUCGUGUUUCUAUAGUCAACGAAGAAGAGGCCAACAGCGAACAUUUGGAAACGAUCACCAUUCAUUUGCGAGCCGGUGAUUGCGGUGAAUUAGACAAUACAGAAUUAAUUUAUUUUCUGACUAGACCCGGAGCUGACUUUGAACUGUUUACCUCUUCUGACGGCAGGACAAUUACCGUCACUACCGUUGGCUCGCCUACAAAUGUUGCAGAAGUCACUAAAACUUUUGAGAGAUUCAUCGAAGAAGAUGCUCGUUAUAUUAAUACAGCCGAUGAGCCUACUAUCUACUGCAACCUCACUUCACACGAGAAGUUGGAUCGAUAUAUUGAUAUCACUGUUUCAGACAGCGGCGGAUCUGCACAUUUCAAUGUUACUGCCAGCGUGAAGAUCUUGACCGAAACUGUGAACGACGUUGCACCAGAGUUGUCUCUAGACGUGGUAGGAGGCUGCGAAACUCAAGUAGACGGACUGUCGUUGUUUGAUGAGGAAACUAAUGCUAAACGCAAGAAACGAGAGAUUACAGGAUCUCUACAUAAGAGCAAGCGUGAGUCACCUUCAGUUCAGUCUGUGGAGGCAUUUGGCACCCUUAAAAUGACGGCAGAAUUGGGAUCACGCAUUACUGUUGUGUUCUCUCAUCCUACAAACAUGCCACCUGUGUUGAGACCACGCGAUCUCCACAAAAUGGUACAUCUCAGCCCCGCUGUUCUCAUGUCAAACACACAUCUGUCUUUCUGGACAGACCCUUUCACUCUCGUUAUCUACUAUCCAGCUGUCAAUGAAGACUCACUAUAUGACGUGUCUGCAAAUGAUGUAGUAGUUACGUUUAUUCCUCCUCCAGGGCCAUGCAAAGAAACGGAUGUGUGUGAACAUGGUGUGUGUCACGUUGAUGAAUGGUCUUGCAAUGUCGUCGGUUCCUAUCGCAUUUCUUCGUUUAUCAACUCAACUGAUAAUGAGAAAGAAACAAUUGGUGAUAUGAACGUUGAAAAGAAAGAAAAGAUAACAAUGAGGAAGCUGAUGGCAGUAGUUGAGCCGCUUGAAGAUGAGAAUAAUGGAAUGAAUUCGGGACAAAUCAACCACAAGUUUGAUGAGGUGGGACAAAGCCAACUACACGACUGGUUUCUCAUAUUCAUUGCUACUACUUCUUUCGUGGCUGCUGUUACUUUUGCUGUUGUCGUGGGAUGGCGAUUUAGAAUAAAGAAAAGAGGUGAAGCGUCGACAAGCUCUCACAAUUCUGUUCACGCUGAGCGGGCAGGAUAAUCAAGACAGUGUUGCGUUUGCGUAUCUGUUUGUAUGAGUAUGAUUCUUGCUAGAUUUGUGUUGCUGGUUUUAGAUAAUUUAGUGAUACUGCUCGUUGUAGACCUUCUGCAUUAGCUGAGUGGCUUGCUUGCUUUGUAGCUGUUAGCAGUAGAAAGGCAAACGUAGACUGGUGUACUUCUAACGUGUCAUGGCAAUCUAAAACUCUCAAAUACAAUCAUUGUUCUCUUGUAAACA